CCCCCUUGGAAACCAUUGAUGCUCUGAGACCAAAGCCAGGAUAAGUUUUUUGAAAUAUAAAGAGAAAAGAAGGGACAGCAGAAAAGCAUUGUCAAAGAUUGAAAAUGGUACUAGCAGCAAGCAGUGUAAUAUCACAUAACAGAACCAUUAACUCCAUGGCUUUCCCUUUGCCAAAGCAUAGAAAUAUAGCAGUAAAUCAUCAUCAACAUCAUUCUAAAGUCUAUCUUCAUUCGUUUCCACGCCCUCAUGACGUUUAUCAAUGCAGCAAUGGUAAAAUUUUCAACCCAUCUUGCCUAGCCAAGACUGCUGUUUCUGAUGUUCAGCUUCACAACCCCAAUCCCACUACAGCUGCUGCUGCUAAUGCUUGGUCAGAAUUUGCAAGGAAUGUGUCAGGUGAAUGGGAUGGGUUGGGAGCAGACUUCUCAAUUAAAGGGAGUCCAAUUGAACUUCCUGAGUCUGUCGUACCUGAAGCUUACAGGGAAUGGGAGGUUAAGGUAUAUGAUUGGCAGACCCAGUGCCCUACACUUGCUGAACCAGGGAAGAAGGUUAUGACUUACAAAACUAUAAAACUACUUCCAACUGUUGGAUGUGAAGCAGAUGCUGCAACACGUUAUAGCAUGGAUGAGAGGAACAUCGGUGGUGUAGAUAACAAAGUUUCUGCUUUUGCAUAUCAAGCUAGUGGAUGUUACACUGCUAUCUGGCCGGUUGCAGACAAUGGUACGCAUGAACUGUGGGAGUUGGAGCAUUGCUUGAUCAAUCCUCGGGAUAAAGAGUCUCGUGUGAGGAUAAUUCAGGUUGUCCGAGUGGAUGGUACAAAGUUUGUGUUACAAAAUAUUAGAGUCUUCUGCGAACAGUGGUACGGUCCAUUUAGAAAUGGUGACCAGCUUGGUGGAUGCGCUAUCCGUGAUUCUGCAUUUGCUUCAACAGCUACCACAAAAGCUUCUGAUGUUGUUGGUGAAUGGCAGGGGCCUAAUGCUGUCGCCACUUUUGAUGGUUUUGGUGAUAUCUUUCUUGAAGAGCUCGAAGAUAAUGGGGCACUGAAGUCAAUAAGAGAUGAAAACAAUCUCGUAUUGCUUCCCAAGCAAUUAUGGUGUGCUCUACAAGAACGUGGAGGUGAAACUUGCAGUGAAGUGGGGUGGCUGUUUGAUCAGGGAUGUGCUAUUACAUCAAGAUGCAGCUUCUCAAGUGAGGGGAAGUUGAAGGAAGUCUCAGUGGCACGCGAAACUACUGUUUCAGAGGAUGUAUAGCAGCAUAUGAUUUAAAUCAGCAUUGAUUAUAUUAUUUAUAUCUUAGUGGAAGUUUAGUGGCACAUUACUUGCGGUUGAAGUCAAAUCAAACCACAAAAAUAGGAAUAUCUAUAGAUAAAUUGUAAAAUUUUGCUUUGUCUACAAUCUUAAUGCAUAUGCAGCAUCUGCUGGCUGUUGAAAAACGGAUUAUCCUUUGGGAUGAUGACCUUCAACUGUUCAAUAUCUUGAUUCUUCAGCAUUGCUUGUUUGUUGAACAUAUAUAAAUUCAUGAAUUUCUGAUUCAA